AUGCCAAAGCAGAUUACCGACAUUCGUGACUUCUUGCAAAAAGCACGCCGAAAAGAUGCACGUUCAGUGAAGAUUAAAAAGAGUGACAAAGUUGUCAAGUUCAAAAUUCGUUGCUCCAAGUACCUGUACACGCUCUGCGUGACAGACACGGAGAAGGCUGACAAGCUCACGCAGUCUUUGCCUCCUGGACUCCAGCGCAAGGAUAUUUAG